UAAGGGUGGUGUGGCCACGUAAUAUAAAAAAAAUCAUCAGAGGCCAACAAACGCUCUAGGGUUAGCUUAUUAGCUCUGCCUCUCUUCAUUUGAGCGGGUAUUCUUUCAUCUUCACAUUUCUCUUCUUCUUCUUCCUUCUUCGCGAACGAUGGAUCGGUACCAGAGGGUUGAGAAGCCGAGGCCUGAAACUACCAUUAACGAGAAUGAGAUCCGCAUUACUACUCAGGGUAGGAUGAGGAACUACAUUACCUAUGCCACCACUCUUCUCCAGGAGAAAGGCUCCAAAGAAAUUGCUCUUAAAGCCAUGGGAAGAGCCAUCAACAAGACCGUGAUGAUUGCAGAGUUGAUUAAGAGGAGGAUUGCCGGUCUUCAUCAGAACACUUCUAUUGGUUCUACCGAUAUAACGGAUAUGUGGGAGCCAUUAGAAGAGGGCCUCCUUCCCCUUGAAACUACCCGCCAUGUGUCGGUGAUAACAAUUACUUUGUCCAAAGAUGAGCUAGACACUUCGUCCACAGGAUACCAACUGCCUAUUCCGGCUGAUCAAGUGAAACCCUGGACUGAAUAUGAUUAUGAAGGAGGAGAGGGCUCACCUAACAGGCGAGGCAGAGGACCCGGUGGUCGAGGAAGGGGUAGAGGAAGAGGCAACUUCAACAAUGGAGUUACAGAGAAUGGUGAUGGUGGUUUUGAUGGUGGACACCGUGGUGGCUAUGGUGGUGGCUUUGAUGGUGGGCGUGGUGGCUAUGGUGGUGGUUUCGAAGGUGGGCGUGGCGGCUAUGGUGGUUUUGAAGGUGGACGUGGUGGCUAUGGUGGCUUUGACGGUGGACGUGGUUAUGGCGGCAGGGGCCGAGGUCGUGGAAGAGGCCGUGGCUUUCGUGGUCGUGGAAGAGGAGGUUAUGGUGGUGGAAAUAUGCAGCAACUAGAAUCAGGUGGUGGUUACAAUGAUUACGGAGGAGGUGCACCUAUGCAAACCCGAGGGCGAGGUCGUGGGCGAGGUAGGGCUAGAGGCCGUGGAAGUGGUGGUGGUAGAGGGGGCUUCAGAUCAGAUGGACCGAUGCAGGCUGUUGCUGCCUGAGCUCGCGCACGGUGACGUAUAAAAAUUUAAGUUUUAGAUUGCUGAAAGUUUUGGGUGCCUGCUCUGCCGACUAUGUCUAUUCUAGUGAAAUUUAUGGGGUGAAAGGGGGUUGUUAUUGGUUGGAGGCUUUGGUUAAUUUCACUGAUACAUUUCUGGGCAUACUAAUUUUGACGAGCUGUCCAUUUCUUAGUUGUGGCAGCCAUGGUUUUGUAGUUAAAAGAUUAGGUAUUAUUUUUUUUUUCUUAAUUGCGGACUUAAACUCAGUGAGUUGUACACCUUCUAUCUUUUAGAGAAUAAUAGAGCAGUACAUUCAUUA